UUUAGGAGAAUUUCCUAAUUGUUUUUCCCCAUCACAGAUUUUCAUUGGAAAUAAAGUGAAAAAAAAAAUUGGAGUCCACUAAGUGCAGCGUCUCUCUCUCCCUCUAUUUUGCCUCGCCUACGGCGAUUCCUUCGCGCCAUCGCCGGUCUUCGCUUCGCCGUCAGCUAUAUUUUCCGACGAUAUCCACGAGGCGGAGAGAUUCGUUGACGAAAACGUCAGCGGUUUGGUUUGGGAUCUGACGUGCCUUGUCGGGGUUCCAUCAGGGGCUGGCGAACGUUGUCGGUGAGAUCGGCGUAUUCUUGAGUUUAAUUCGAGGCUAGGUUUUCAGUGGCGGGAACACAAAUCAUGCCCUCAUAAUAUUCUCCCUUCUUCGGAUCGCUCUCGGUGAUUUGUCUGUUUAAUGAUUCAGAGGGAGAGAGAGGGUUGCAUGUUUCGAAUCGGCUGCGAAGCAACUGAUUUCUGAUCGCUCGUUCUCUUGGAGGUAGGGAUCCGCGAUGGCUACUGAAGGUUUGUGUAAAUUUAUUAAGAGAUAUGCAGAGGGCAGAGUUAAUCAAGUGCUUGAACAUCUCAGCGGGUUUUCCAGAAGAUGCAUGUUUCGUGUCAUCUCUAUGGGCUCGGUUCCUUCCCAUCUUGCGUUUAUCAUGGAUGGAAACCGGAGAUAUGCUAAGAAACAUGGUCUGGCAGAAGGAUCCGGUCACAAGGCUGGGUUUUCAGCUCUCAUGUCAAUACUCCGGUACUGUUACGAGUUGGGUAUCAAGUAUGUGACCAUAUACGCCUUCAGCAUCGAUAACUUCAAAAGAAGACCUGAGGAGGUUCAGUCUCUUAUGGAUUUGAUGCUGGAAAAGAUCGAGUCUUUGCUUGAGAAAGAAAGCAUCAUACAGGAAUACGGCAUGAGAGUGUAUUUUAUUGGCAACUUGAAGCUUUUAAGUGAUCCUGUGAGAGCUGCAGCGGAAAAGGUCAUGAAGGCCACUGCCAAGAACAGCCGGGUGGUGCUUCUGGUUUGUGUUGCCUAUACUUCUACUGAUGAGAUUGUGAAUGCCGUUGAACAAUCAUGCUUAAACAAGUUAGAUGAAAUUCCAGCGAGGGUUAGUCACGGCAAGUUACAGGGCGAUAUGGAGAAUCACGACCAUACAAUACGUGUGGUGGACAUAGAGAAGAACAUGAGAAUGGCCGUGGUACCUGAUCCAGAUAUACUGAUCCGUAGUUCAGGAGAGACGAGGCUGAGCAAUUUCCUCUUAUGGCAAACCAGUCACUGCCCAUUGUACUCUCCUGCAGCAUUGUGGCCUGAGAUUGGUCUGUGGCAUUUGGUUUGGGCCAUACUGAAUUUCCAGAGGAAUCAUUCGUACUUGGAGAAGAAGAAGAAGCUAACAUGAUGCACCUUCAUCGACGAGAGGAACAA